AUGCAGCGCGGCUCUCGCCAGCAAAGGUCGUCCAUCGAUAAACGCGAGAACAUCCUGUCCGCCUUCGCGCUGAAUUUGCGAGAGGGCGUAUCGCUCACGCUAUCUGCACUUGCCCUCCCACUUCGUUCACCGCCUGUACAUAUUGGCAAGAUGCCCUACAACAGCUCUGCAAACGUCAGCGAGCCUCGCAAGGUCUUUGCAACGCUCUUGACGAAACGUAGCUAUCUGGCCGGCCUUUUCGUCUUGUUGCAUAGCAUGCACACAGUCGGCACACGCUACCCACUCCUCGUCAUGAUCACUCGCGAUUUUGAGCAGGACAUCGAAGCCAACGCCUUUCUGAGUUGGCUCGCAGCCACAUACUCUGCCAGUGUGCUCGUUCGCUGCGUCGACCGACUGGAUCCUCCUGCCAGACUGGAUGGUGCAGCUCCUUCACAGUUUGCUGCUGGUGCGCGCUUUGACGACACAUGGACGAAGCUGGCAGCCUUUCGGUUCACAGAGUAUGAGAGGGUCAUUCUGCUCGAUAUCGACAUGCUACUCAAUCGCAAUAUUGACGAUCUCAUGGGGAUGCAACUCCCCGCCGACCACAUUGCAGCCACGCAUGCAUGCACUUGCAAUCCAAGAGAGAUAUCUACAUACCCUGAAGAUUGGAUACCCCAAAAUUGCGCAUAUAUGUGCACACAGGCAGCACAGCCACCUCAGAUACUGCCAGAUUCGCCAGAGACGCAUCAUUUGCUGAAUUCCGGCCUCGUGAUCCUUCAGCCAUCCUUGUCGGCUUAUGAGGAUCUCCUGACGGCGCUCAAAACCUCGCAACUCGUGCAUUCCUUUAGAUUUCCAGAUCAAGAACUGCUUGCGCUCGUUUAUCGCAACCGCUGGCAGCCCCUCAGCUACCGUUACAACGCAUUGAAGACUCUGCGCACGUGUCAUGAAGAGCUGUGGCAAGAUGAGGAAGUUUGCAAUAUUCACUACAUCCUGGACAAGCCCUGGACGGCCAGGCCCAGGCCCGGCGAUAGAGAUGAGUACCUUAAUGCGAUAUGGUGGCAUCAUUGGGACGCGCUGGUCGAACGACAUCGCAGUCAGCUUGUGCCAGGCUGGCAAGUUGCUUGCGCGUCAGCAGCGCAAGCGACAGAGGCGCAAGACAUCAAGCAUCAAGAGAGCACAGAGGCAAUCACUGCCCAAUAG